AUGCAAUAUAAGCUGUCAAGCUCCUCGCUCAUGAGCGACUCUGUGCUAGGCAAGCUCGCUGCCACUGCACAGAGUCACAAGCCCACCACCCUUGUCGGCUAUGUCGCCCUGGCAGUCGGUACCGUGGUGCUGCUCCUCGGCUCGUUCAUCACAUACUCGCUCGGCAAGAUGCUUUACAAUACAACCAUCUAUCACUACUACAUUUCGCCGCUGCGACAUUUGCCGGGCCCGAAACCCAAACCCUUCAUCGGCAACAUGGACGAGUUCGUAGGCAAGCCCGGUGCGGGCGCAGAGAUGGGCUGGUCGCGCAAGUAUGGCAAGGACGGCGUCUACCGCAGCACUUUCCUGUUCGGCCGCGAGGCGAUCCACUUUCAGCGUCCCAAGGCGUUGCGUCAGAUCCUGGUCGAGGACCCGUACAGCUAUCCCAAGCCCGCGAUUGCGUGGAAGUUGCUCGGCCUCAUUGCAGGUUACGGUCUGUUGACCGUGGAAGGCGACACGCACCGCAAGAUGCGAAAGACCAUGAACCCUGCCUUCUCGCUUACCAACCUGAUCGAGCAAUUCCCCGUCUACUACGCCAAGAUCUACCCUUUGGUCGACGUCCUCAAGAAGAAGGUCGACGAGUCCGCCGAGAAUUCUGCGGUCAUCGACUGUGACAAAUGGGUCAACAAGGCUCUGCUCGACAUCAUCUGCCUCACUGCGUUCGGCUACGAUGCCGAUUCGGUCAACAACCCCACCAACGAGCUGGCUUCCGCCUACCAUGCGGUGACCAGUAUGCAGAACGGCAGAAAUCAGGCUCGACUCAACCUUGUGCUCAAUCUGCCAUUCGGCGAUACGGUCUUGGACUGGGCAUCAGACACAUACAGCUGGGAAUGGUUUUACAAGCGAUGCAAACCCGGAUCGGUCGCACAGACGUUUUUCCAGCUGCUCAACGGUAUGCACCGCAUCAAGAAUGUGUCCAAGGAGAUCCUCUACAAGCAGCUCAACUCGGGCGAGCGCGCGGCUGAAAGCGGAAAGUUCAAAGCCAUCAUCGACAUCAUCGAGGAAAACUACCUCUCUGAGAACGAUGGCAAGCCCAAGAGCCUCAAGCAGGCUGAGCGCGAUAUGAUCACGCAGGUGCUGACGUUCCUGGGCGCGGGACACGAGACGACUGCUUCCGGUGUAUCGUGGACGUUGUGGAACCUCGCCACGCACCAAGACAUCCAGGACAAGCUGCGCAAGGAAUGCAAAGAGUUGAUGGACCAGGACGAUCGACCGCCUUACUCCGCCAUCAAAGGCCUCGCCUAUCUGGAUGCCGUGAUCAACGAAUCGAUGCGCGUGACACCACCUGUUCCACGCACCGUUCGCAUCUCAACCAAGGCUUCGUACAUCGACGGCAUUUACAUCCCCAAAAACACGCUCCUACCCAUCUCGAACCGAGCCAUCAACAUGGAUCCCACCGUGUGGGGUGACGACGCCGACGCGUUCAAGCCGGAACGCUGGUUCAACCUGCCGGACAAGUACGAUCGAACCUUCAGCAUGAUCACCUUCAUCGCCGGUGCGCACGCUUGCAUCGGUCGCACGAUGAGCUACCUCGAGAUGAAGGCGGUCAUCUGCAUCCUGGUGUCCAACUUCAAGUUCGAACCCGUGUCCAAGGAUCAGAGUCCGAUCAUGGAUACGUUGAUCACCAUGAAGCCGCAGGGCGGUCUGCCGCUCAAGGUGUCGAGGGUUUGA